CGCCUUUUUUCUUCACUUCUCACCAUCAACAUACAACGCCAUGCCAAAGCUGCGCUUUGGGUCUCUCGAUGUGCGUGCUACAGUCGCCACACUACAACAAACAAUCGUUGGACUUCGCUUGCAGAACGUGUACGAUGUCAACUCGAGGACAUAUCUCUUCAAAUUCUCAAAGCCUGACAGGAAGGAGAUGGUGCUGAUCGAGUCCGGUAUCCGCAUGCACACCACUCUCUUUCUCCGCGACAAAUCAAUUACACCCUCAGGAUUCUGUAUUAAAAUCCGCAAGCAUUUGAGGACGAGGCGACUGACUGGAGUCAAGCAACUUGGAUCAGAUCGUAUUGUAGAUUUUGAGUUUGGCGCAGACGACUUGAACAAUACGUACCACAUUAUUGCAGAGUUCUAUGCUGCGGGCAAUUUAAUCCUAACGGAUGGCCACUACAAGAUUCUUUCGAUCCUGCGCGUCGUCCAACCUAAUGAGAAAGUCAGGAUGGCGGUUGGAGAGACAUAUGAUAUCGGGGCCUUGACACGCAGCUUUGAGCCGAUUCAGAAGGAACAUCUUGUCGAAGUCUUGAAGUCUGCAGGACCCAAAGAUAUCCUGAAAAAGAUUCUCAACACAAAGCUAUUUUACGGCCCUGCACUCACAGAACAUGCAAUUCUCAAGGCUGGUCUUACCCCAAAUACAACUGUGGCGACUGGAUUUGAUACAUCAGAGGGGUCACCCCAAAUCCAAGCACUUUUCGAGGCAUUGCAGGCCGCCGACAGCAUCAUCGAAAAGGGAGGAGACGAUGAAAAGAAGGGAUAUAUCAUCAUGCUCAAGCACAAGAAGAAGAAUGAGGACGAUCCUAAUGAGCAAGAACUUGUCACGUACGAUGAGUUCCACCCCUACUUGUUUUUGCAGCACGAAUUGCAAGUGCACAAGGAGUUCGAGUCAUUUGAUGCAGCAGUUGAUGAGUUCUUCUCAGCCAUCGAGAGUCAGCGCUUGGAGCUCAAGAAGCGUGCGCAAGAGGAACAUGCUCAAAAGAAACUGGACAGCGUCAGGAUGGAGCACUUUGGUCGUGUCCGUGGUCUAGAGGAGGCCCAGCAGAUGAAUGUGAUGAGAGCGGAAUUGAUCGAGGCCAAUCUGGAGAUGUGCGAUCAAGCUAUUAUGAUUAUUCGCAAUGCUGUCGCCACCGGAAUGGACUGGAAGGAUCUCGCAGACUUGGUAGACGAAGAGAAGAGGCAUGGUAAUCCUAUUGCACUCAUGAUUGACUCUCUAAAGCUGGAGUCAAACAAUGUCUGCGUCGUUCUGAGCGAUCCUUACGAUGAGGAAGAAGAGAAACAGGACCAGGACGAGGAUCAAGAAGAUCAGGAGGCAGAGGACCGACAUCAGCCCAAGGCCAAGCCUACUGUGCUCAUUGACCUCGAUAUUUAUCUCACUGCCUUUGCGAAUGCACGCAAGUACUAUGAUGUCAAGAAACAGUCGGCCAUUAAACAGGAGAAGACGCUGGCUCAUGCCUCCAAGGCUUUCAAAAGUGCGGAGAAAAAGAUUCGCCAACAGCUACAGGAGGUCAAGAUUACAACGUCGAUUCAGCGAGCACGCAAGCCGUAUUGGUUCGAGAAGUUUAUGUGGUUUAUCACAUCAGAAAAUUACCUGGUCAUCGCUGGACGAGACGCACAGCAGAACGAGAUGAUUGUCAAGCGCUACAUGAAAAAGAACGAUAUCUAUGUUCAUGCGGAUAUUCAUGGUGCAGCGACGGUCUUGAUCAAAAAUCCGUCUGACAAGGAUCCAGUUCCGCCGAGCUCGAUCUACCAGGCAGGAAUCAUGUCUGUCUGCCAAAGCAAAGCGUGGGAUGCCAAGAUUGUCACGUCCGCUUACUGGGUUCGCGCAGAUCAGGUCAGCAAAUCGGCACCUACGGGAGAGUAUCUCACUACCGGCAGCUUCAUGAUCCGUGGCAAGAAAAAUUUUUUGCCACCGGUACAGCUGGUUUAUGGAUUCGGACUAUUGUUCAAGCUAGACGACUCUUCAAUUGCGAACCAUCUCAACGAACGUCAUGCCCCCAGGAUCGAAGAUGCGGAGAGUCCUGCUGCCACCGCGAAUUUAGAGACGGCUACCUCCAAGGCGCAUGACGAUGAGGUCCCGUCUGCCGCGACGCCCGCGGAGGAUAAAGAGGAGCAGGAGGAGCAGGAGGAGCAUGGUCUUGGUGGUUCUGAUGAUUCUGAUAGUGAGAAGGAGAGCAAUGAAGAUCGAUCCGCAGUCAGUCGCGACGGGGAUGAUGAUGCAAGCCUGGAGGAUAGCAAGGACGAGUCGCAAACCCAGAGCCAGGACGACGACAAUGGCAAAUCCGACUCUGAGGAUGAAUCUGAGGCAGCCGAGUCGUCUGACGAGGAGUUCCCUGAUACUCAGAUCCAGUUUAACACAAAUGCGAUGAAUACCAACAAGAAGCAGCAACAGCAGCAACAGCAACAACAAGCGAUGGCCGGACCUGCGAUUGACAAGUAUGGACUCCAGGACUAUGGCGAUGACAGCAAUGAGGAACUCGAAAAAAAUGAUGAUACAUCAUCUCUGGCAUCAUCGGACAGGCCUCAACAAGGAAAGUCCAGUUACAUUACUGCCAAGAUGCGCCGCGAUAUGAAGAAAGGCAGGACUCCUGGUCAGUCUGAGGACAUUGGCGAGUCAUCACAGGCUGCCCAGAAGGAGACUCAGCCCAAGAAGCAGCAACAGGCGGACAAGAAGAAAGGUGCAGUAGCAGCAGCUCCUCCUCCUCCUCCUCCUACCUCGGUGCGCGGCAAGAGAGGCAAGGCCAAGAAGAUCAAGGAAAAGUAUGCUGAUCAAGAUGAGGAAGAACGCCAGCUUCGUCUUGAAUUGCUUGCUCCUGACAAGGGUCCGCAACUGAAGGGCAAGCGGGCCAAGAAGGAGGCGGAGAAGAAGGCGGAGAAGGCAGCAUUGACAGAAAAGAGACGUGUCCAGCAGGAUGAGUACCAGAAGGGCCAGACAGCCAAGGACAGAAAUAAAGGUGGCAAAAAGGCACCGCACAACGGCAAGAUUCCAGAUGCUGCAACGAAUGGGGACACCGAAGAUGCUGUCCAGGGCGAUGCCGAUGCUGCUGUUCCUUUGCUGGAUGAGAAUGCGAAUGAGGACGAGCGUGAGGAGGUGCGCCGUCUGUUGCAGGAGGAGAACAUCAAGAUGCUGGAGCCCGAAGAGUCCGAAAACCUAACAGUCUUGGAUGGUCUGACUGGGCGCCCAUUGCCGACAGAUAUCCUGCAGUUUGCGGUACCUGUCUGCGCACCCUAUAGCGCACUUCAGAAGUAUAAGUACAAGGUCAAGUUGAUCCCGGGAACAAUGAAGAAGGGCAAGGCAGUCAAGACGGCCAUGAACCACUUUUUGACAGCAGUCAAUAGUAACAGUUCGUCCUCCGCAUCGGAAUCGUCUGAGACCAAGACGGUCAAUGGUCUAUCGGGACAGGAAUUGCGCGCGGCAGAGACGGCACUCGAAGCACGCGAGCGUGAGUUAAUCAAGAUGGUCAAGGACGAGGAGGCAAUCAAUGCGAUGAUCGGAAAGAGUAAGGUCUCGGCACCGGGAGUAGAGGCGUCCAAGAAGAAGAGCGGAGGAAGCAAGGGACGCAAAUGAGAUGCGCGUUUAUUUGUAAUAAAGGAUGCUUUGUUUAAC